GCAAAUUUCAUCGUUGAACUCGUUAGGCCGUUACUUAUUACCGUUGCCUAUAGAUGUAUUCUCAUUUGUUAGAUGAUUUGAGGGACAAUUACAAAUAUCUCUGACUUUUAGUACAUAAAACACUGGAAGUAAACACAUUUAUCGUUUGGCUUUGUUUUCCUCUGAUGAGAUAAAUUGACCAGAUGCUUCUUUGUUGAAGACAGUCACACAAUUUCACAAUGAAUUGAGCAUUACUUUCAUAAAGACAUAUGUAAAGCACACUACUUUAAAGAUUGAGAUCUUAAAAUUACGAACGCGUGCAUCAUUCUUGAUAAAUGUGAUCGAUAAAUUUUAAGAGUUCAAGUUAUCGGUAAUAAUGAAAGUAACUGUGUGCUUUGAUGAUGUUAAAGUUGUUGUCCCUUGUGGGAACGGGAGCAUUUUGAUUAGAGAGCUAGCUGAAAUGGCUCUCUUAAGGUUCCAGAAGUCCACUUCCUCCUUGCUGCACACAAAAUGUUGCAUAGAUCAAAAUAUCACAUCAUGUACAGGGAGUCAAACAAAGUCACCGGAUAAACGAAAGCAAGAAAACUGCAAUCUAGAUCAACAACAACAUAGUCAAAUAAUAUCGAAAGGAUUAGAUUAUCCCAACGAUGAUUCCCAUCUAAAAUCAGAUAAUCGAAAAAAUGUAUCAUGGAAAUUGAAUAUUGAUAGUGAUUAUGAAGUGGAUUCGUUAACAUUAGCUCGUGAUGGUGGCAUACUGGAUUGGGAUGAUCGUGUUGUUGAUGUGUUAGAUGAUCGAGAACUGUUAAUUGUCAAUUUUCGCAAGAAAACGUCAUUUGCCUCAUCAUCAGUUGCACCAAUAACAGUAACAAUACCAAAAGAAUUAAAGGAUUCAAGUUUUGAUCAUCCCAAAAGAUUACAAAGUGAUUUUUCUAGUAGUAACAUUAAUGAUUCUUUAUUAAAUCAAGUCAAAUUUAAUUACCCUUUUAGUAACAUUGAUAAUGAUAAAUUUGAAAGGAAUCAAAUGAUAUCAUCUAUGAAUAAACACAUUACAACAAUACCUAUUUGCUCUUCUUUAUGUAAUCAAACUUCACUAAACAUAUCAUAUUUGACGUCAUCAUCAUCUUUAACUUCCUGUUCACCUUCAAUGACUGGUAGAAUUAUAUGCGAUACAGGUGUAACAUAUGUUCAGUUACCAUAUCCACAAUGUCAGGAACAACAAACAUUUCCAAUUCUUUCUCCAAUAGCAUCAAUAGAAACAUCAUUGUCAUCAUAUUCACAACCACCUAAACCUCCACAUUGUCAUCCUGUAUUGUCCACGUUAUCAGAAAGAAUAUGUUCAGAAGGAGAAUCUUGUGAUUGUUUUUUACUAAGAAAAAAUGAUAUGAGCAGUAAACAAGCAAUUCUGACUAAUGAUAAUGAAUUUCGAAUGAAUCGAACAAAUCAUUGUCCCCACAAUGCACAUCCUGUUACAACACUUAUUGGUGGAUUAGAAUAUGAAUUAUAUUGUACACAAACACCAGCUGGAUUUAGACCACCUACAAAUACAUCAUCUAUAAUCACUAAACCAACAUUUAAUACUAAACAAACAUCUGCAUCUAUAACAUCUCCAUUAGUUCAUCGAUUAAAUAGACCUGCUCCUGCUGUUCCUCCUGCUCUCCAUCAUCAACAUCAUCAUUGUGGUACUUCUUCUUUACUACAAACAUCACUUUCUUUACCUCCAUUAGCUCAACCAUCUAUUGUAAAUGCAACAGAAAAGAUUAAUCGAUCAUUGGUUAUGAAUAAUUUACAACAAAUGAAUUUAUCAAAAUUAAAAACGAUAACGGAUAACAACGAUGUUCAUAAUGAGAAUUACAAGGAAAAUAACAUUAAUUUAAACAGAAACCAAUAUCAUAUUAGUGGACAGAUUCAUGUUAAUCAAUCUGAUGGAAAUGUAACCAGUUAUCAUGAUGCUUCUUCUCUUAAGGCUUCAAACCUACCUGGAAGUUAUUUAUCUCGAUCAGUUAUAGAUCAGAGUGAUUAUGUUAAUAUUCCACAAUCAAAAUUAAAUAACGAUCAAAUUUCUCCUAAUAAUAAUAAUCCAUUAUCCUUGACAACAAAUGAAUUACCUACCUAUAUGAUACUACCAUCAUCUGUAUCAUCAUUAAAUGAUUAUUUAUUACCAAUACCUAAUUCAUUGACUACAUCUAUGUUGAAUACAACAGAUAUCAGUAUUAUAACUAAUAUUAAUAAUGAUGAUUUAUUAAUGGAUACAUCAUUUUUAUCAACUGUACCUGAAGAAGAUUAUGAUAUAGGUGAUAUAACAAGUUCUAAUAAGACAACACCACAACAAAGUCCUUGUAAAAGAGUUUAUUUAAUGAAACCAUUAAAUAACAACUUGUUGGAAUCAAAUCAGAAUAAUCAGAAUAAUAAUUCUGAAGGUAUUCAUGAUAUUGUACAUCAUAGUUCGCCAAAGUCUAUAUCACCAAUCACUAUACUACAAACUGCACAAUCACUUCAUAAUAAGGAAACUGAAUUGCACAGUAAUUCAUCUGGUCAAAUACACUCUGAUGAAAAUGUUGAAUUACAACAAUUAUCACCAUCAUCAUCACCAUUAUUAUUAUCAUCAAAAUUAUCUCAAAUAUCUUUAUCUCAAUCUCAAGAAAUUUCAGAUAGUUAUUGUGCUCGACCUAAUAGAAAACCAAAACGUUAUCGAAACUCCAGAGCACCAGCACCGCCCACACCAACAACAACAAUAAUGACAACUGUGACAAAUUCACCUACUACUUCCUUACCAUUAAGUCCUUCAAUGAAUCAAUCAGUGAUAGAACCACCACCUCCACCCCGUCGAUCAAUGCGAAAUAAUCCUGAUACACCUCAUACUAGUGAUUCAGAUAUGGACGAUCCAGAUUAUAAAAAUUUAGGGAAAUCGCGACAAAUUCAUCAAGUUUCAUCAAGUCCUAACUCAAUGAAUAAAGAAGAGGAAUUAAAAGAUGAUAAUCCAAAUUGUACUUCCAGAAUAAACCAUCUAUAUCAGAAUAGAAAACAGUACCAUUCAAAUGAUUUGAAUAAAUCAAUGACAUCAAUACAAACAACAAUAGCUCCUAGUCAUUUGGAACAAAAUCAAAAUAUCACUUGUAUAUGCUCAUAUUGUAAUGAAAUAAAACAAAAUGAUCAAAUACAGCAAUCGGAUUAUAAUAAAUCAAUAAUACGAAAACCAACUCCACCAAAACGAUCACCUAAAACUGCUUUAACUAGCCUUAAUACAUCUCCUAAAUCAGAAGAAAGUGAAAAUCAUAAAGUCCAAAUGAACUCUGAUCAAAAUUCCAAUCAGUUAGCAAAUGUUAUGGAUCCCACAAGAGAUGAAGUCGGAGUAAUCUGUGACCAUAAAAUUGGUGAUGACUUUGACAAUGAGAAUUCAAAAGAACAAGCACACACUACUAUGACUACUACCGGAAUUGGUAGUAGUCAUAGUAGUCAUGAAAGAAGUGAACAAAAUGAGGAGAAGCAAUAUCCUAUGUAUGAUAGCAAUAAUAAUAGUAAUAAUAACAUAAAGCAAUCCAAUUUAAUUAUGCCAAAUAACAUUGAUCAAGAUAAUGAGGCGAUUACGUGUUGUGUAUGCAAUUCACAGCAUCAAAUAGAUGCUGAGGAUGAAAUUCUUCAUAUGACUGAAUUAUUAUCGAAACGUCGUGAAUCAGAAGCUAGACGUCAAUUAUUAUUAGCUGAAAUGGAGGUUGGAAUAGAACGAGAUGAUCGUUUAAGAGCUGCUGCAAAUGCCAUGGCAUUGGCAGUAUCACCAAUGACAAGUGAUAUUGCAUGUAAUAUAGAUAAAUCAGAAUUAUCUAAUGUAUCAAAUUGUAUACACUAUAAUUAUUGUGUACGUCAUCAUCAUCAUCAUCAUGAUCAUCAACAAGAAAAUCAUUCUAAUAAUGUUUAUAAUGUACAACAGCAUAUUGCAUUAAAUCCACCACAUUUACAUUCUAUAGAUCAUAGAAAUAUGGAUAAUGAAUUGAUACCACCGAUAACAUGUUGUUGUACAUCGGAUUGUAUUAGAGAAGAAGAUAAAUUGAUUACAUUACGAAAAUCUUCAUCUGGUUUAGGAUUUAGUUUAACAACAAAACUUAUUCCUAAAUCUAUAUCUAAUACAACAAUGAAUGAAUCAUUAUUUGCUGUAUAUGUGAAAAAUAUUUUACCUGAUGGUUCAGCUAUAAAAGAUGGACAAUUACGUGUUGGUGAUCGACUUAUACAAAUUGAUAAUUUAGAUGUUAUUGGCAAGUCACAAGCUCAAAUUGUAGCAAUUCUACGAAUUAAACCAGUUGGUAGUAUUGUUAAUCUAUUAGUACGUCGUCCAGUACAUAUUUGUCAAUUACAUACGCAAGAUUGUUUAACAUGUCAAUUAUUGAAUUCAACUAUUACAUCAUCAUCAUCAUCAUCAUCAUCAUCAUCUACAUAUCAAUCUCCUGAUAUAUUGAAUACAAAAAAUUUAAAAUGUUGUGAUUUAGCAUUACCUCAUGGAAAAUUACCUUCAAAUUAUUCUUGGAUUGAUACACGUAAAUGUUCUUCACCACCAUUACAAAUGACAUUAUAUUAUGAUGGAUUAACAAAUUUAGAACGUGUUUUUCAUCCAAAUUAUCCACUUUAUCCAGAUGUAAUACUUCUUCAUUUGCAUAUUCCACUUAUUCCUAUCCAUGAAGAGAAUAUGAAUAAUCCUAAAAAUUGUUUAAACAGUAGUAAUAAUACUACUAAUAGUAAUAGCCCACUAACAACAAUAAGUUUACGUCAAAUGCGUCUUGGUGUUAGUGUACGUGAAUCGAACUCGUCACGAGCAAGUAAAUUAAAUGAAUUAUCACAGAAUACAAUAAAACUAAGAACAAAUGAAGAUAGAAUGAAUCAAAUCUCAUCAUUCACUGAUUCAUAUAUUGCUGAUUCUAUAUAUGGUGGUGUAAUAGUUAAAUGUAUCAUAGAAGGUGGAGCAGCACAUAAAGACGGUCGACUUCAAAUUGGUGAUGAAUUGUUGGAGAUUAAUGGAGUUGUUUUAGUUAAUGCAAAUAAUCCAUUGAGUUUAUUACGUUCUGUUCUACGGAAAUUAUCUAAUACAACUGUAAAUGACAAUAAAAAUUGUGAUGAUGAUAAUAAUAUGACUACAACUUCGACAAGUGUAACUGACAGAACAACCACAACAGCAGCAACUGCUUUUACUUCUACUGUUACUACUGAUACUACUACUAUUACCACUAGUACUACAACACCUUCACCUACUAAGACAAAUGAUCAGAAUAAAAAAUCCAAGUCUACAAUUGAUAAAGUAGAUUCAAUGGAAAUGUUAGAUAUAAUUCAACCUUUAGUGGUAGAUCUAUUGAUAGCUCGAUUAACAAGGCAUCGAAGAUCUGCAUCUGGACAUACUCUUGCAUCGAAUUCCGAGUUUAGUUCAGAAACUUCAACGUCAAGUACUGUGCUAACUACUACACCAAAGCUUUUACCCCCUGUCAAUAAUAAAACUAGUCGUGAAUCAUCAUGUGCUAGUCAAAAACAAUCCAUCGACCAUCAUGGUAAUCAUCAACAUCAUCAUCACCAUAGGCAUCACCGUAAUUUGUCUCAACCACAACAAAAGUGUUACUGUUCAAAUCCUUUGACAACUUUAUCUUCAUUGUCAUCAUCACCAUCAUCAAUUACAACAAAUCCAACUGAAAAUGAAUCGCAUGUUACUACAAUCAAUAGUAACGACAUACAAAAUAUGAAUAAUAAUGAUGAUAAAAAUAACGAAACACCAAGAAUUAAAUCAGAAAUACAUUCAGUCAAAGUGGAACAGGAAGAUAAUGCAAUUGAUGAUGAUAUCAUUACUACUAAAACUACUCUUGGAGGUGAUUGUGCUCCCAUGAAAUGAUUAAUUCAUAUUUAUACAGAUUCCUAUAAAAUUAUUAAAAAGACAAUCAAUGAUAAUUAGUUUUCUAAUCAUUAUACUACUUAUAUGUAUAUUAAAGAAUCAAUCAUUUUGUGAAUUAUUGAAAACUACCUCAAUCUCAUUACUAAAUUAACAUAAAUUAUGAUUACAUUAUUAUUAUUAUUACUAAUACUAAUACUACCAUUAUUCAGUAGUAGUUGUGUUUUUUUUUAAAAAAAAAAUAAUUUAGCUGAAAUACAAAAAAAAAAUCGCUCAAAUUUUCAUUUGUAUACAACAAUCAUAUGAAUAAUGAUAAUAAUGUAAUGUUACAUUCCUUGUAUUAACUCAAUAAAAAAAACAACAACAUUGUUCUAAUUUACCAUUAAACUAUUAAUUAAACUGUAGAUAACGGUUAAUACCUAAAGAAUGAGGGGGAGAGACAAUGAAAUAGUGUGUGUGUGUGUGUGUGAGAGAGAGAGAAAGAGCGUUUAGUUUAUUCCAUUGUAUAGAAACUAAAAAUACAUUUUUUUUUUAAAAAAAAAUUAUCCUAAAUUAUUUUCUUUUUUUUGUUUUUCUUUUUUGGUGAAUGAUUUAUUUUUCAAGAAAACACAAAAUGUUUAAAAAAAAGAAGAAAAAAAAAACCAAAGUUGUUGUGAAUAAUGUUUUUUUUUUGUAUUUAUUUAUUGAUUAAUUAAUUAGUUACUGUUCAAUUACAUUUCAUCUUUUGUAUUUAUUCUCAUAUAUUUAAAGUUUUAUAUUAGAUAUACUACUUAUACUACUGAAUAAACUGAUUUUUAUAAUUUUUCCCUCUUUUUUUUUCUUUUUUCCUUUAUAUGAACAUUUCAAUACAGUCUUAAUUGUUCUAACUGAAACAACUUAUGAUAAUUUAAAAGAAAAACCUCUUUUUAAUGAAGAAAAACAGGACUGAAGUCUCCCUUUUUUCAUUUUCUUCUUCUCCUUCUUCUUCUUCUCCUUCUUCUUCUCCUUCUUCUUGUUCUUCGUCACAUUCAAAUCUGAACAAAAAAGUUUCUUUUUUAAAUCUCUUCUUUAUUACCUUUACUUUCAUUGGUUCAAUUCAUAGAACUAUUUGAUUAAUCUUGUUCUUGUUCUUGUUCUUCUUCUCUUUAUGAUUUAGUUCACUUUUUGAAAAUGUGUACACAUUGUUCAAUUAUGUUUAUAUCAUUCAUUUAAUAAUUAAUAAACACUAAGAUUAUUGAAAACAAAAAAAAAAGUUCAUUACAAAUCCAGAUUAUAUAAUUAUAAAAAAUAUAUAUAUAUUAUUGA